UCUGAGAUUCCACAGGUGUUGGCUCAUGAACUGGGCUGCCUUUGACAGAACUGGGGCUUGGCUGGCAUUGGGAAGUAUAAAACCUGAGACUGGGCUGACAAUCAGGGAGUACAAACAAGGUGGAGCAGCCGUGAAGUGCAGUAAACCACAGAGAGGCCCUGCUUGAGUACUUCUUUCUUUCUCCUUUCAGGGAACCAGAGGAAACACAGUCGCUGCCGCCACCAUGAGCCGCAGCCCGGAGAGGAUCUCGUCCUACCGUCGUCACUUUGAGGACAGCAGCAGCUCAUCCUACCAGGUCAGGGUUUCCAGCCCAUCCCCCACAAGGAGAGAUGCCCGUCAUGCCUCCGCCGGCUACUCCUGCAGAGACCGGGGAAGCAGCAUUCGUGUGGAGUCAGUGGGACGGAGGACCGUCUCGGCUGCACGCAGGACUCGUAUGGUUGGAGCAGGUGUGAGUGCAGGAGCCAUGGUAUGUGUUGGGCCAAGUGGAGAACCUGCUAUAGAUCUUGACGUGGCUGCAGCUGAGAACCAUGAAUUCCUCAACACACGCACAAGUGAAAGACAGGAGAUGGUCGUCCUCAAUGACAGACUGGCUGUAUACAUUGACAAGGUUCGAUCACUCGAGCAGCAGAACAAGUUACUGGAAACAGAGAUUGAGGCCUACCAGAACCGCUUUGAGAAGCCAUCAGGUCUGCGCCUCUUAUAUGAGGAACAGCUGAGGGAGCUGAAAAAGAUCGCUGACCAGAUGAGAGUUCAGCGGGACAUCUCCUUGGCGGCUAAAGAGUCCACAGCUGCUCAACUACAGGCAAUCAAAAUCAAAUAUGAGGAGGCAAUGGAGCUGAGGAGGAAAGCUGAGUUAGACAUUGAAGCCUUCCGUCCAGAUGUUGACAACGCUACCUCCUCACGCAUUGCCUUGGAGAAGAAGCUGGAGCAGCUGGAGGUUGAAAUUGAAUUCCUAAAACGGGUCCAUCAACAGGAAAUUGAUGAGCUCAUGAAACAGAUCUAUGCAGCUCAUGCCUCAGCUCAGAGUGCAUUCACUUUACCUGACCUGGCAGCUGCUUUGAAACAAAUCCAAACACAGUAUGAUGACAUCGCAGCCAAAAAUCUCCAGGAGAUGGAUUCAUGGUAUAAAAACAAGUUUGAAGAUAUAACCAGUAAGUCGUCAAGGCAUGUGGGUAUGGUUCGAAGCAUUAGAGAAGAAAUAGCGGGGACCAAAAAGGACAUCCAAAGCAAAGAACGUGACUUGGAUACCCUGAGGACCAGGAAUGAGGCUCUUGAGGCCCAGAUCCGAGAGACGCAAGAAAAGUACAGGAAGGAACUGGAAGAGCUGCAGGCUCGGAUUGAGGCCCUGCAGCUGGAGCUAAAAUCCACCAAGGAGAAAAUUGCGCUGCACCUGCGUGAGUACCAGGACCUCCUGAAUGUCAAGAUGUCUCUGGAGAUUGAGAUUACAACAUACAGAAAACUUAUUGAAGGAGAGGAUCUGCGUCUCUCUGGCAUGAUGCAAACCCUGUCUCUUACCAGCUGUAGCACAACCGCCAUUGGUGCUGGGAUGAGCUUUAGUGGAGGAGGCAUAGGUGGUGCUGGCGGAAUGGGUGGUGGGCUGAUUGGAGGUAGUGGUGGAGGUGUUGCAGACAUGGCUGGUGGUCAUGGAUUGGGAGCUGGGAGUGGAGGUGGAGGUGUAGGAGCUGGUGCAGGCCGUGUGGGUACUGGUGGAGGCAGUGGAGGGAUGGGUGCUGGAGGAAUUAGCGGUGUUGGCUCUGGUGUUGGAAGCGUUGGUGCUGGCAGAUUGGGCACUGGUGCUGUAGGUGUGGGCACUGGUGCCGGAGGUGAGGGCACUGGUGCUGGAGGUGUGGGCACUGGUGCUGGAGGUGUUGGGGCUGGAGGUGUGGGCACUGGUGCCGGAGGUGUGGGCACUGGUGCUGGAGGUGUUGGGGCUGGAGGUGUGGGCACUGGUGCCGGAGGUGUGGGUGCCAGUGUUGGUGGAAAUUUGAGAUUCGGCACCAGAGGGAGAGGUGACAGCGGUGUGGGUGGUGUUGGAAUAGGUGCAGGUGGUGACGCUGCAGGUUCAGGUGGCAUGGGUGGCACUGGCAUGGGGUUCAGUGGAGGAAAUGGCGUUGUUGGUGGAGGGACGGGUGAUGGAAUUGGUGGAGGCUUAGAUAGGGAUGGAGGUAAAGAUCGUGGAAUGGAUCCUGCUGGAAUAAGUGGCGGAAUCAGAGUCGGUGAAGGAAGAGAUGGUGUGGGCGCAGGUGAUGUAGGUGCACUGUCAGGCGUUGGUGGAAUGGGAAAGAUUGGUGGGGGACUUGGUGACACCAGGGGUGCCGGGAUGGGAUAUGGAUCCGAUGGAUAUGAUGCAAACAAUGAUGCCCACGCAGAGCAGGCUGUGGAGCUGACGGAGAGAAGGACGGUGCUCAUUAGAACAGUCAAAAAUGAGGAUGACGUGCUGGAGACAGACCACCAGGAACAAACCUACACCAUCACCGGUGCAGCCGAUGACUCUGAUGAUGACUGAGCAGCUCAAAUUCCCAAGUGACCUCCCCUUGCCCUUAAACCUCCACGCCCCUCAGAGCUUUGCACUCACCAAACCCCAUGUCUGGACAUUGACCUUUGCCCUUUGCCCUGGAAAACUGACCCUUUGCUACUGAGAGAAACCUUCUCCUCAUAGGGUUUAAAUAUGCCUCACUAUCAACAUUCAACAUGGUCUCUAAACUUUUGUGUGCCUUACACUCCCCCCCUUUUUUCUACUUGUCGCAAAUAAAGCUAUCAGCAUUCAA